ACCAGUCAGUUUAGUCAGUACUAUUUGUCAUAACAAUAACAAUUUAAAAUAAUAGUAAUAAUAUAUUAUUUGAUUUAAAUAAUAAAUAAUAAUAAUGGACUUGGGAUUAGGAAGUACUCUUUUACCUGGUGAUCCACGUUUGAUUGAUCACAUCGUCGGUGAGGUUAAAUCUCAGGGAAUAUUUGAUCAAUUUCGUAAGGAUGCUCUUGCUGACGUCGAUACCAAGCCAGCGUAUCAAAAUCUUCGGACUCGUGUUGAAGGGUCAGUUAAUUCGUUUUUGUCAAAGCAAGUAUGGAAAGCUGACUUGAAUAAAAAUCAAUUGCGUGAAACUUUACGCAAACAUAUAUCAGAAGCUGCGUAUUUAGAUGCUGGUGUUGAACGUAUAGUUGAUCAGGUAGUAAACCCUAAAAUAUAUUCGGUUUUUACACCGCAAAUAGAGGAUGUUGUUUACAAGUAUUUAGGUUUAGAAAAACCUAAACGUGAAAAAAAUGGCGGGCAUUCAAUAAAAGAUUUGCUGCCAAUUGAUUUGGAUCCAGUGUCACCUGAGUCUGAUAAAAAUAGUUUGAAAGAUGUGUCAUUGGAUUCGGUAGAUGAUCUUCCAAUCACCAGCAAACAAGACUCAGAUCUGGUUGAUCAUAAAAAUGACGACAGUAGUCAGGUUGGUGAUCGUGAUAAAAGUUUUGAAGAAAAAGACACUGUUGAUUCGAGAGAAGUCGUUGAGAAUGAGGCCAAUGGGAAUGAAUCAGUCCAGAGUACGGCUGAGGAAGAAAAAAUUAGAGCUGGGUGUUCGACACCUCAGCUUGCUGAUCCUGGUUUGAAUGAUUCGAUAAAAUCGGAUGAUAAAACGGAAGAAGAGGAAGAAGAUAGUCCGGUUUUUGAGCCAAUUGAUAUUAUGAAUUUUAAUGAAUCACUUGUUUCUAAUGAUUCUCAUUUGUCUGGGAUAUCUGAACUGACAAGUCAUCGGUCCCGUAGUCCUGAUUUUCAGAUAAAUGAAUUUUCCCGUGAUCAUUUUGAUUUUAGUAAUCAAGAUUCUCAAUUUUCAAAAGUAUCUUCAGACUCUAGGUUGUCUAUUGUCACUGAUUUUGGAUCUUCUAAUCAAGCGUCGACUCCUGUUCCGGAUAUUCCUAAAGAAGAAAAAUCUAAAGACAAAAGUGAUGAUGAUAAAAAUAAAGAUAAAGACAAAGAGAGAUCUAAUGAGUCUAAAGACAGUAAAAAUGCUAAAGGUAAUUCGUCAAAAGAACGUGGGAGAGAUAAAAGUGAUUACAAAUCAAAAUCAUCAAAAGAACGUUCAGAUUCACGUGACUCGCGCAGUCAUCGCGACCGUGAUUAUAAAAAAAAAUCAACUGAUUCAAAAAGCGAUCGCGAUAGAAGCAAAAGUAGUAGGGACAGCAGUGAUAAGUCCAGGGAUAAAGAUAAAGAUGGUAAAGAUAAAGUUAAAGAUGAAAAAACAAGUUCGGCGGGAAAAGAUUUGAAAGAUAUUUACAAGGAAAAAAUACGGGAGUUGCGUGAAAAAAAAGAAUUGACGGAAAAAGAAAAAUUGAAUAAAGAUAAAGACAGUCAUAAGUCCAGGGAUUCGAAGGAUAAAAAAGACUCAAAGGAUUAUAAUGAAAAAGAUUCCAAGGAUCGUAGAGACUCGAAGGAACACCGCAGCUCGAGUUCAUCUUCUAGGAGUCAUCGGCAUGAUAGCAGAAGUAAACGAGAUGAUUCAAAGUCUAGUCGUGAUAAGAAACGAGAUGACAGACACUCGAGAGACAAGAGCCGAAGUCAAGGAGACUCUGAUGGCAAACGCAGCUCUAAGGAUGAUAAAUCUGAUAAGGAUAAGGAUUAUAAAUCAACGCAGAAGCGCAAAGAGUCCAGGCCUGAUGAAUCGCGAAAGAAUUCUGACAAAAGUUAUACAGAUAAAAACAAAGAUAAGGAUAAAGAUAAGAAACGUCGUGAUGAAAAAAAAUCUAAAUCUAAAGACGACCACUCGAGUCUGCGUAAAAGUUCAAAUGACCGCAGAUCAUCGGAUCGCGAUGGCUCCAGUGGAUCUAAUGGUAAAGGGAGCAAGAAUUCGUGUCCUGGUUCAUCGGCAUCCUCAUCGAAAGCCAACUCGGGCCUCAAAGAGACCGGGAAUGUCAGUAAUUCGAGCAGCGAAACUUCUGAUGGCGUUGAUGAGUCUCAGGUUGAAGAGUAUCACAACACUGAUGGGGAAAGUGCAAUCCAAGUUGAUCAAGAGACUGAAGUAUCGGGAGUAAAUGCUAAGCGUGUUGAUUUAGGACUAAGUGAAAUAAGUCUUCCAUUAAAGAAACGUCCGUUGCCUGCUGAUGCUGAUGAUUCUGUUGAGUCGAGUCCCAAGAAAAUGAAGUUUCCUAAUAAUUUUAAAGAAGAUGAUAAAGUUAUCAAGAUGAAGAAACAAUUUGAGCACAGCGACUCUGAUGUUAAUUGUGAACAAGACAUUAAAGUACCAGAUGACGAGCGGGUACAGAUUAUUGAGGUCCGUGAACCUCAGGACGAUGAUGAAGAUGAACCGUAUCCAGAUGACAAAGAUGUUAAUUCAAAGUUGGGACAGUCGGACGUUAUUAUGGAAGGAGAUAAUUUUUUUAAGAUAAAUGUUAUUGAUAGUUGUAAGUCGAAUUUAACGGAAAUGGAAAUGUCGAUACGGGAGUCGCUUAAUGAAAUGAUGGCGGAUAAAAUAAUUGGGAGAGAUGGUAAUGAUAAUAAGCAGGAUAUUACAGAAGACAAGUUGGAAAAUAAUUUAAUUUUAAAUGAAAGUAAUGAUUUGAGUGGAGAAGUUAAGACUAGAGUUGAAUCUGAUGAUGAAGAUUGUUUGUAUUUUGUUGAAGACAAUGAGAGAUUAAAUAAAUUUAAGCUGUUUCUCAAGUCACUGGAUAUUGACAUCGCUCGUGAUAUUGAUGACGAAGAUGCCAAGGAUCUUAGUAGUGAUGAUACUGAAGUUAAACAAUUGUUGCUGGAUGAUGAAAAUGAAGAGUCUGCGGCAACUGUCACUAUGGCACCGCCUCAACUGAAACGCAAAUAUUCAACCAGUCCGCUGUCGGACAUUGUUUUGAACUCGGACAACAAUAAUGACGGUCACAAAGUUACGGGUGUUGGAGAUACUGAGGACAAGAAGAAGUCCAGAGAAAAAGAUACUGGGCUGGGAAAAAAGAAAUUAGGAAGACCUAAAAGACAGAGACCUAGUGUCAGCUCUUCGAGUCCCAACGAUGAUUUCAUGAUGCCUUUAAGUCCUGAAAGUGACGUUUCUGCUACUAGUGAUAAAGCCUCCGCAAACCAUAAGGACAAAGAUGAUAAAAGAUUAAAAAAUAAACAACGAUAUACAAGUGAUGAUUUAUAUAAACCACGUCCAUUGUUUGUUGGCUCGUCAAGAAGAAAUAGAAGAUCGAAUCAAGCAUAGCUAUUACUCAGCGAACAAAAAUGGAGGAGGUUUUAUUUAAAUAAUUAUCUUAACAUCCGUAGUCUUUCAAUCUGUUAACUAAUUAGCCAUCGAUAUAAAAAAAAAAUAAGAGUUUGUAUUUUUUUACGCUUUAUAUAUUAUAUUAAAUAUAUAUAAAUAUAUAUUUACACAAAAAAAUUUUUUUGACUAGAAAAAU